AUGUCACUAGGAUCCUUCCCUCUGCAAACACACCCCCUGCGAAGCUCGCUCAUCAACGUCGUCAGUGGCUCUCAGACAAAGCCCUUCGCAGGCACACACACACUCGCAACACACAUAAAGGGAAACCCCACAGCCCUCGCUAAACACCGCAGCAACCAAGUUAGCGAUAGUGUGUUCAAUGUGUGCACGGCUGUGGUCUGUGCUACGACGUAUGUGCUCGCACUGAUGGUCCACGAUCUCGGCCAAG